AUGUUCUCUCUGCUCGGUGGACUGGCCCUCCUGGCUGGCUCCUUCCUGCUCCUGAAACUUGGCACCUUCUACUGGGAAAGGAGCCGCCUUCCUCCUGGCCCCUUGCCCUUCCCCGUCCUCGGCAACCUGUGGCAACUCAGCUUCCGGCUGCACCCAGAGAUGCUGCUCCAGCUGGCUGAGGCCCAUGGCCGUGUGUUCACUGUGUGGGUCGGCUCCACGCCGGUCGUGGUGCUGAGUGGCUUCCGGGCCGUGAAGGAAGCGCUGAUCUCCAACUCGGAGCAGUUCUCGGGCAGGCCCCUCACCCCGCUCUUCCGGGACCUAUUCGGAGAAAGAGGGCUCAUCUGCAGCAAUGGACACACCUGGCGGCAGCAGAGACGCUUCUGUCUGGUGACGCUGCGUGGGCUGGGCCGAGGCAGGCUGGCACUGGAGGGGCAGCUGCAGGAGGAGGUGGCAGAGCUGGCCGAGGCCUUCCGCCAGAAGCAGGGGAGACCCUUCGACCCUCAGGUCCUCAUCGUCAGGUCCGCGGCCAGGGUCAUCGGGGCCCUCGUGUUUGGCCACCGCUUCCUCUCGGAGGAGCCCAUCUUUCAGCAACUGACUCAAGCCGUCAACUUUGGCCUGGCCUUUGUGGGCACUGUGUGGCGCCGGCUGUACGAUUUGUUUCCCUGGGCCCUCCGUCACCUGCCAGGACCCCACCAGGAGCUGUUCAGGUACCGAGAGGCUGUGCGAGGCUUCAUCAGCCAGGAGAUCUCCCGGCGCAAGCUCAGGGCACCGGAGGCCUCUGAGGACUUCAUCAGCUGCUACUUGGCGCAGAUCACCAAGACCGUGGAUGACCCGGUCUCCACAUUCAACGAGGAGAACCUGACCCAAGUGGUGAUUGACCUGUUCCUGGGCGGCACCGACACAACGGCCACCACCCUGCGCUGGGCGCUCAUCUACAUGGUCCAGCAUGGAGCCAUACAGGAGAGGGUGCAGCAGGAGCUGGAUGAGGUGCUGGGCACAGCCCCGAUCGUCUGCUAUGAGGACCGCGAGCGACUGCCCUUCACCCGAGCUGUCCUCCACGAGGCACAGCGCCUCAGCAGUGUCGUGGCCGUGGGUGCUGUGCGCCAGUGUGUGACGUCCACACGCCUGCAUGGUUACUCCGUGCCCAAGGGCACCAUCAUCCUGCCCAACCUGGCCUCUGUGCUGCAUGACCCUGAGCACUGGGAGACCCCGUGCCAGUUCAACCCUAGCCAUUUCCUGGACAAGGAUGGCAAUUUCAUGGUGAACGAGGCCUUCCUGCCAUUCUCUGCAGGACAUCGGAUGUGCCCGGGGGACCAGCUGGCCCGAAUGGAGCUCUUCCUGAUGUUUGCCACUCUCCUCCGGACCUUCCGGUUCCAGCUGCCAGAGGGGACCCCGGGGCUCAGGCUGGAGUACGUCUUCGGGGGCACCCUGCAGCCCCAGCCCCAGGAGAUCUGUGCAGUGCCCCGCCUGAGCAGCUGCAGCCCCAGCUCAGCCCCGAGCAGGGAAGGCCUGUAGCCAGCUGGCCUCCUUCCCAGUCUCCCCUGGUCCCUGCAAAGGCAGAGAAGAGGGUGGACAGGGGUUCACCCAGCUGUCCUGUUCACAGGUUCCCUAACACAAGCUCCACAGGUGACAACAGUAUGGCGACUUCUCAAGAAUUCUACGCAGGUAGCUUAGUUCUCAGGUUAGAUAGGCAGGGAAGGAUAUACAGCGUUCAGUAGAGUUGACAUUAAAUCAAUUUGCAUGGUACAUUCGGUGAAUCAGGCCUCGAAAGGCAGCAGCUAAGCAGAUUCAGCGGGACAAGGCUUUCAGGCAAAACUGUACAUACAAUAAUGUGUGCCAGCAUUUGGGAUAUGGAGGACUGAGGAGCUUAAUAAAAGAGAGGGGAGACAGGCAUGCUGGUGCAGACUUGUCAUUUCCACACUCUGGGAGG